AUGCUGCUCCAUAGCGCUCUUCCAGUGUCCGUCCUGGCCGCCAUCGCGGGCCUUGUAUUUGCCUCUCCCAACUAUGGCACUGGCAACCAGAUAUGCACCAAUGCGAAGAAAUGGGACAGAGCUGCCACGCCGUACUGCUCAUCGCUCUUGGGAAUCCCAGUAAAGACCCAAUAUGCUAACGAACAACAGGUUCCUACUGUCACCACCUGCAAGCAACCCUCGAUCCCAAGCGCUUCUCCAGUCAAGCACAAACGAAAUACUCCACCACAGUACAAGCCGCAAUGCUUUCAACCGUACAGCGGAAAGUCUCUCACUUCUGCCUGCAAGUGCCUCUCGAUCAAGACGUCGACAGCUACAAUUGCGACCACAAGAUACGGACAGCAGAGCACGGUGACAACUACGAAAACAGCUUCGGCCACGGUAUUCGCAGUUCCGACUGGACCUCUCAAUCUCUUCGCCCUUGGUACCGGCAAUGACGACGAGGGUAAUGUUAUUGUCAACGGUCCCAAUCAAUACUUGCAGGCCCGACAAUCUGGCAGCCAAACCAUCAGACAAGCAGUCGACUUCAGCGCGCCGCAGAACGAAAGCCCUCUGAUCCGCUUCGCCGAUAGGACUCUCAUCGGCGUCGGAGCACCCAUCACCGGGCUGGUCGCAGGAAUCCGAGAUGAUGUAUCGCCUGGCACAGUCGCCGUGGUGUUCGACUCCCUGGAGGAAGACAACGUAAUCGCAGCCUGCGGGAUCACGUCGGCGCCAGACGGCACGUGCCCGGUGGUUUGCGGCACCAGCGGAAGGCCAUUCGACACGUAUCUCGAACUCUGGUCUCUGGCCAGUGCUGAGGAGUAUGUGAGUGAGCCCAUUGACACUUUCGCCGUGUCGCCGUUGCUUAGCUAG